AUGGCCGAGUCAGAGCAGCCUCAGGUCAAGGUACCUGUCAACGUUCCAGAACCUGAAGAGAAAGCACCUCCCUCCCUCGCAGAGCCUGCUUCCGGUCCUGCUGCCGAAAUGUCAGGAGCUUUGCCAGCAGAUGCACCCUCCGAGUCCAAACCGACCGAGACCACUGAUGCCGUGACCGCAAACGGCGCCGUCGAGUCCACCUCAUCUCCAGCCAAGGAACCCCAGGAAGCAACUACCGAGGCAGAACCCGAAGCUCCAGUCACGACCGAAUCAGAAGCCAAAGAUACUGAAGUAGCUGAAGAUGCUGCUCCUGAGACAAAUGGCGCACCUGCUGGCAAGAAACCUGUUGCUCUCAAGCGAAAGUCAUCCGCAGGCAUUCCUGAGCACAAAGGCAAGAAGCUUAACAAGAAAAAGUCUAUUGCCAAGAUCACUCACCUUGACGCUGUCCCUGGGGACUACUUUCUUGCGAGACUGAAGAGUUAUCCGCCAUGGCCUUCAAUUAUUUGUGACGAGGAAAUGCUUCCGGAUAUCUUGCUCAAUACGAGACCCGUCACAACCAAGAAAGAAGAUGGCACCUACAACGAAGCAUAUGCCGAAGGCGGGAAGAAAGUUGCUGAUCGCACCUUUCCCAUCAUGUUUCUACAUACCAAUGAAUUCGCAUGGAUCGCCAACACUGAUUUGACUCCUUUGGACCCCGCAGAUUGCAAAGAUGUUGCAGAGAAAGGCAAAUCAAAGGCACUGAUUGCCGCAUUCCAAGUGGCGGCAGAAGGUCACGACCUGGAACAUUUCAAGGAGGUUCUUGACGAACAUGCCGCCGCUCUUCAAGCUGACAUAGAGGCCAAAGAAGCCCGUGAUGCUGAAAAGGCAGCCAAAUCGAACAAGAAGAAGCGUAAGAGUGAGGCCAAGGUUGAAACCGAGGACGUGGAGAUGGAAGACGCCGAUACCGAACCCGCCCCCAAGAAGUCCUCUAAGAAGAGAAAGAAGGAGGCAGACAGUGAUGACGAGGAAUCUGAGAAGCCUGCAAAGACACCCAAAACAACGAAGAUCAAGUUGACCACCAACAAAACUCCCAAAACCGAGGAGAAGAAGCCGAAAGAAAAGACCACCAAGGCCAAAGCAGAGAAGAGAAAGUCCAAAGCUGCCGUCGUUAGCGAUGAAGAAAUGGUCGAUGCCGAACCAGAGCCGGAGGAGAAACCUCUGGAUCCUGCUGAGGCACGCAAAGCACGUGAGAAAGAAGUGCUUUUCCUCCGCCACAAACUCCAAAAGGGCUUCUUAUCUCGAGAUCAAGCUCCCUUGGAGGAAGAUAUGCCUCAGAUGUCAUCUUUGAUCAAGAAACUCGAGGGUUAUGCGGAUUUGGAGGUUGCCAUCAUUCGCACAACCAAGAUCAACAAGGUCUUGAAGGCAUUGAUCAAGUUGAACACCAUCCCUCGAGACGAAGAAUUUCAAUUCCGAAAACGAUCGCUUGAUCUGUUGAGCCAAUGGAACAAGAUCUUGGGGUCCGAACCCGCUGAAAAUGAAAGUGGUGGCGCUGGAGAGAAGGAAUCCAAGUCUACGCCCACCACCAAUGGAGUUCAUGAUAAGGAAUCCGAAGAGCCAACCGAUGAAAAGAAAGAUGACGAAACAGCUCCUGCUGAGGCGACCACAGAGGCGGUCGAGAAGUCAGCUGCCGAUAAUGAAUCUGAAACUUCACCAGAUCCUGUUGACAAGGCUGUCUCGGAGGGACCUGCCGCAGCUGAGGCUGAAACCGAACCAGUCACAACCACAGAAGAGCCCAAGGCUACUUUACCUACCCCAGAAGUAAUUGAGAAGGCACCAGAGUCAGCGGCAGCGGCAGCUGAAGCUGCUGAGGUUGUCAAGGCGACUGAAUAG